CUGACCGUCUAAACCGACGCGGUCUGGAGUCAGUCCCCGACAUCGUUUCCCUUUUAUUCCAAUAAAGGCUGGUAACCUGCCUACGUUUCCCCGCCGCCGAACCGAUAAUUAAUACAAAUCUGGGGCGCGACCACAACUCGACGAUGCCUAAGAGAAAGGUCGAAGUAGGAUCCAAUGACGCGACCCCUCAUAUCCUGCCUAAGCGAAAACGCGUACGAUCAUCCCAAGUAUCAGAGGCACUAAAUACGGAUGUCCCUAGUUGUGUGGCUGCCUCACCAGAAAAGAGGUUAGCGCGAUUUAAGCCUCAUUGCCCCCAGAAUAUCUUAGAUAGGGUCGAUCGAGUGAUGAGUCAAAGGUUCUUUUUGGUUCACCGAGAGAGAAAUGGAGGCGAGCUUUGCGAGAAGUUUCAUGUUCUCGGUUCCACCGGCAAUGUCUAUGAAGUUACCAUUGAUAAAGUGCCGGCAUGUACCUGCCCCGACGCGAACAAAGGAAACCACUGCAAGCACAUUUUGUUCAUCUUCCUUAAAGUAUUGAACGUGCCGAUGACUUCUCCGCAUUAUUAUCAGAAGGCACUCCUCACAGAUGAGUUACGAGAAAUAUUCGAGGCAGCGCCAGCCAAUCCGACAGUCAUAGCAUCCCAGAGAGUCAGAGAUGCAUAUGCAGUUGCCAAAGGGUCAGCGGUACCACCGAAGGUUGAAGGUUCCGACAUGAAAAGAAAAGACCCUAAUGGAGAGGACUGUGCCAUUUGUUAUGAACGCAUCGAGGGCAAUAUUGUUGAACUGGAGAAGGUACUCGUAUGGUGCGAUACUUGCCAAAAUGCCGUACACAAGGAAUGCUUCGGCCAAUGGUCGGCAACCGCACAAAGCUCAGGAUCGAAGCUGACGUGUGUGUAUUGUCGUACCCCGUGGCCGGAAAGUACGGCCGCAGGGACGUCCAAGGAAGGCAUUGAUGCGUGUGAGGGAGUGUAUAUGAAUCUUGCUGGUGUUGCAGGACUUAGUAUGGAAAGGGACACUACUUCAUAUUACCGCGGACGCCAUGGCACGGCAUCCUGGAAGCGUUAUGGAUGGCACUAAGCCGAUGCAUUAAUCCCGUGUUACAAUAUGAUUAGAUUUUAAAACGAAGGACGUCUCGCGACCAGGAUAGAAACUAAUAUGCAUGCCAAGGAAG